UUCAUAUGGAGAUGUGGGACUAUAAAUAGGAGGGAUGAAGCCAGCAGAGAUCAGAUUCUCUCUACAGAGACCUCUACAGCACAGAGAUCCAGACAUGGCAACUACAAUCACUGCAGCAAUGAUCAAUUCUCAGGAGCAUCUGACUCUGACCCAUAAGCUCAGAAAGCCUCUGGUGGAGAAGUUACGUAGAGAGCGAAUCAACAGCAGCAUUGAGCAGCUCAAGUCUCUCCUGAGUCCAGAGUUCCUCAAACAGCAGCCAGACUCCAAGCUGGAGAAAGCAGACAUCCUGGAGAUGACAGUUUGUGUCCUGAGACGGCUGCAGCAGCAGAAUCAACAGCAGAGAAGACUGCUGAACCACAUCAACAAGCUGCAGUCUUCCUCUGAUAACAACCUGAGAGAGGCUGACUUCUCUCUUCUGAGCUCCACAGGCCAGACCAGCAUCACCAAAGAGAAGAGUCCAGUCAACAGCGCUGUCUGGAGGCCGUGGUAGACACCUACAGACUGGAGUUACUACCAGACAAACUGAGAUGACCAUAUUGGUCAAAGAUUACUGGACUGAAGUCUUUGAAAUGUUAUGGACUUGUUCUUCUGUUUGUACAGAAGCUUGUAGUUUGUGUUUGUUUUCUUUCUGCAAGAUGACAUUUCCUGAGGAAAUGACAGCACCAAUAUCUUUCAAGUUAAGAAAGAGAACAUCUGGUCAUGCAUGUUGCAUAUACCAAAUCUGAUUAAAUCAGCAAUUAUUAUUAUACCUCACUGUACUUCAUGUAUUGUUGGUAUACGCUAUGGUAACAUUUGUCAUCUUUUGAUUGUUAUUGAUCAUUUUGAUCAGAUACUUUAACUGUCCUUUUUAUGGACAUAUUGUCACCAUGGACUUACCUCACUUUAAUCUCUCCGAUUACUCAAAACUGAUCUGUUGUUAGAUCCAAAUCUUUCUCUUUUUUUCUAAAAGGUUUGCUUAAUGUCACAAUUUUCCUGUGAUACUUUUAUGACUCACUCCAUGUCAUGUGUUGACAGAUGGAGAUGUUUAUUACCUCUUGAUAGGUAUUGAUGAUUUU